AUGGAACACAACAGCCGACGUCGACAUAGACCGCGUGUGGCCAAGGAGAAGCGCAAGCGAGCGGAACAGGCAUGUGAAAGAUGCCGGCGCCGCAAAAGUCGCUGCGUUGUUCCUAAUUCUGAUGCCACCUCUGCUGCGUGCAGUCGGUGCGCAAGCAGUAGGCAACGUUGCUCGCUGAUGUCAACUGAGUCAGCUCGAGAUCCUGAUGUGGUUAGGCUGCUGAAGUACCGUGACAGGGCUGAACCAGUCAGAAGGCCGGCGCAAGCUAUGCCUACAGAGACGCAGCACAAGACAAUAGACAUUACAGCUGCUGGUUCCACAUCGGAUGUAUCACCAGAAGAUGCCGCCUCGCUAGAUCUUGACUGGUCCAACGCCCAAGGAGACUUUAUCCCGCGAAUCCGGGAAGCCAUGUUCCUCAGCCCAGGGCACAGAGAUCCGAUUCGGUUGUACGAAGGGAACGCAUCUCCUCUAGGAUCUACACCUGAACUACAUAUUGAUCAACGCCUUCUACGAAAUACUGUCAAGGUGUUUCCACCCAAGCAAGUGGCGGAUUUCCUUGUCUCCACGUGUAUCGAGUUUGCCUCUGAUAGCUUUUUUUACUUUCACCAGACAGCAUUUCGGCGCGAUCUGGAUAGCAUUUACGCCAGCCAUGAUGACCAGCCACUUAACUGCUCAUGCGUUGUAAUAAGUCUUAUGGUCUUUGCGUUGGGCAGCCAGUUUGCACAUCUCGCGUCGAAACCCUCGCCAACCCCCCGGCCCGAUCUCAGCUAUGAUCCUGGCGUGACCUUUGUCGACAGUAUCCAUCCUCUCGUUCCCAAUCUCAUCCAGGUGCCGUCUAUUACCUCUGUUCAAGUUUUCUUCCUGAUGGCCAUCUAUUUCUUGCCAUCCGAUGCACGAAACCAGUCUUAUUUCUACAUGGGACUGGCUCUGCGCAUAGCCAUCUCUCUGGGUAUGCACCGUCGCAGCACGAUGAAAUAUUGCGCGGAUCCUAGAUCUGCUGAGAUAAGCAAUCGACUGUGGUGGUCCUUGUAUUCGAUGGAACGGCUUGUCAGCGUCAAAAUCGGCCGGCCGGGGUUCAUCAGAGAAGAUGAAGUGGACGCCCCCCUUCCCACAGCACUUCCGGCUCUGGAUGAAGUACAGAUCAAUAACAAUAUUCAUCAUCAGAUUGCGAAUGCGUCUCUCACGCGGAUAUUAAGCCGGCUGGUGCAAAAGAUAAAUCUUGCCUUUAUUUCUCAAACACAGACAGCCUCACGUUCUCUUGAGGUCUUCAAAAAUGAGCUUCACCAUUGGCAAGAACAGCUGCCACCCACUCUUGCCCUGGAGAACCUGCUCUCCAAAGGGCAAGAGAUGAAGAGCCCCCGUGCGGUAGCCCACCUUCACCAAAACUAUCAUAUUGCCUGGAUCAUCAUGUGCCGCAUCCCAUUGCUCCGAAUCGUUCGUGGCCGACUGAAGCGGGUCCUCGUCGACACCUCGUUCAAUGAACCGACCGACCCGACCACCAUUGAGCAUGGCCGACUCUGCGUGCGAGCUGCGAAAGAGGUUCUUCAGCUUUUUGAGUUGCUGUGGGCUAAAGAAAGGCUAGCGCCAUUCUCCUUCACUGAUUUUCACGGCUGCAGUACGGCAACGACCAUCAUCUUGCUUGCUGGCAUUCUUGAGCGGGACUCGGAAUAUAAUCGCUGGGUAGAUUUUGGGCUGGCUUCGCUACGGUUCAUUGCGGCUGAGAACCGCAUGGCCAGGGUUGGAGUGCAGUGUGUCGAGCACUUUCAGGCUAUUGCUGAUGAAGCGGUUAUGAAAAUGCAGCAUCGACUUCGUCGACCACCGGACCUCGUGUCGUCAGAAACAGGCUCUGGGUACGACUCCUGGCUCCAAUGGCUCGCGGAAACCGGUCAAGCAGGCCCGAAUGAAGAACAGAGCGGCGACGACAACGACAACGAUUGCGAUGACGAAGGCGAAAACGAAAAUGAUAAAACGCCAUCACAGUAUGACACCGUGGAAUCUGUAACGGGAAGAGCGGAGGUACAUGGUAGCAGCGUCCUGCAACCGACCACAGAGUACAUGGAUGCGAUCUCAUCAACCUCUCAUGACCCUGACUCAGAAGCUCCUGCCACACUUCCUACGAUGAUGGGCUGGACGGAUGCACCCCUAACAUCGGCCUAUGACGAUCCGUUUAUAUUGGGCCUGACAGGUCUUGAUGUGAUGAAUUUUAGUAAUUGGAAUGACUUGUGA